UCGAGGAGUCAGCCCUAUGUAUAUCUCUCUAUACACCUCAACUUUUAACACAAAGUUCAAAAUCCAAACACAAAAAGCGACGCGGACUACGCACACUUUGCUUUUUGCGCAUUUCCCCUGAAUGUCACUUGGAGCGUCUGAGCGGUGGAUUUUGUUUUUCUCCUGGGUUUAAUUCUCAACUCUUUUAAUUUAAUUUUUGCUGACUUUCUUCAUCGGAGGAGAAGCGUCUCACUGUUGUUAUGAAUACUUCACCUCUCCUUUCUUAACAUGGAAGCAUCCAGCGGGUCGAGUUUUGGAAUAGACACUAUUUUAUCUAGCGCCUCUAACUCUGGUAACCUCAUGAACGGAGAUUUCCGGCUCGGAGACAGCAGGACAGCGGAUUUCAGGAGCCAGGCGACCCCGUCCCCAUGCUCGGAGAUAGACACUGUGGGGACAGCCCCCUCGUCCCCCAUCUCGGUCACCAUGGAGCACGGCGCCGAGGCGCACCUGGUCCAGGACAGCCUUCAGCACCACCAUCACCACCUCCACAGCAGCCAGCCGCAGAGCCUGCCGCUGUCCCCGCAGCAGCAGCCGCUCGCCGGGGCCGGCUGCGCCCCGAGGUCCGCUACCUCCUCGUUCCUCAUCAAAGACAUUUUGGGCGACAGCAAACCGUUGGCAGCCUGCGCACCUUACAGCACCAGCGUGUCCUCUCCUCACCACACACCAAAACCAGACUGUGCCACGGCUCCGGACGGCUUCAGGCCCAAAAUGGAACAAGACGAUAGCAGAGGCAAGUUGGACAAAAGAGAAGAUUAUCACAAUGAAAUGAAAUGCAACGGGUCCAAAGAGGAGAACGACCGGGAGAUCUCCAGCAGCAGAGACAGUCCUCAAAUGCGCACGAAAAAGCCUCGCAAAGCCCGGACAGCCUUCACCGACCACCAGCUCAACCAGCUGGAGAGGAGCUUCGAGAGACAGAAAUACCUCAGCGUGCAGGACCGCAUGGACCUGGCCGCGGCGCUCAACCUGACCGACACACAAGUCAAGACCUGGUACCAGAACAGAAGGACGAAGUGGAAGAGGCAGACCGCGGUGGGAUUAGAGCUCCUGGCUGAAGCAGGAAACUACUCGGCUUUACAGAGAAUAAUGUUCCCGUCGCCAUAUUUCUACCACCCCAGCCUGCUGGGCACCGUGGACAGCUCCACGGCGGCCGCGGCGGCAGCGGCCAUGUACAGCAGCAUGUACCGGACUCCUACCGCGCCGCAUCCCGGCCUCCAGAGACCUCUGGUCCCCAGGGUGCUCAUUCAUGGCCUAGGGCCGGGGGGGCAACCGGCACUAAACCCCCUGUCUAACCCCAUGGUCGGAGGACUGCACCCGCGGUAAAACUCGAAAGAAGCCGAGAAAAGACGAUGAGCAGAACGCUGGUUGAACACGUGAUGUGAGUAACUGCUGCGGAACCACAUUGCAGGACUUGUUGUUCUCCAGAAAGACACAUUUAAAGACAUUUACAGAAGUAAAGGAGGUAUUUAAUAUAGGCCCAGAUAUUCUGAGCGCAGUCCCGUAAAGACUCUGUUCGGGCCGGGACGAACUGGACUGCUCCUGUCUGAUUGUUUGUUUGUUUGUCUUUUGUACAAAUACACUUACAUUAGCAAAUAAACAUAUACAGUUUAUUAGAUGGAGAAGAACGGAAU